AUGACAAAGAGUAGGAAGAAGAUCGCUGUAUUUCAUACAGAUCAUGCAGCUGAAUGGACCCAUCCAUAUGGAACAUUCGAUCAAAUGACAAUCAAGUUGUUAGAUGAGACUGUACCAUAUACGUUAUCAAGGGAGGAUGUAACAUACAAGGUUUUUGAUAUAUAUAACGGCGAUAUUCCAACCAGUGAGAAAUUAAAUAGUGACGAAUAUAUGGGUAUAUUUAUCACUGGAUCAAGGUACGAUUCAUUUUCAGAGGAUACAGAUUGGAUUAUUAGAUUAAGAGAGCUUUUGGUUGAAUUGUUAUUAACUGAUGAGGGUAACGAUAAAAGUAAAGAUAUGAGUGUUAAUGCCCCACCUAUUGUUGGUAUAUGUUUUGGGCAUCAAGUGAUUGCACAUGCAUUGGGUGGUAGAGUAGAUAGAAAUCCUUUGGGUUAUGAAGGAGGUGUUGUUCCAAUUGAUUUGAAUGAGAUUGGUGUCAAAUUGUUUGGCCAAAACCAGAUUAAUCUUUCAAUGGUACAUAACGACGCGGUCUUAGAGUUACCUAAACAUGACCCAUCUAUUGUCAACUGGGGAAGUACAAAACGUUGUUCAAUCCAGGGGUUCUAUAAACCAGGGCGUUUAUUGACAUUUCAAGGACACCCUGAAUUUGUCUCAGAGGUAGCUAAACGUGGCUGGGAAAAGAAUUUAUCCAAUCCAAAUUCAAAGUUUAGUGAGAAACAAGUCGAGGAAAUGGAAAGAUUUACAUCAUCAUUAGAGAAUCAUGGAUAUACUGUAGCUGCAGAGGCUAUUUGGAAGUUAUUUAUCAACGAAAUAUAA